GUCCCGGGACAAUCCCUCAGAUUAGAGCUCGACCGGCAGGACUUGUUUGACAGGCACCUGAUUCACUGAGAGUGAAAGCAGACAGAAAUAUCUAGAUUUAUAUUAUUGUUCCUCUUCAGAUUUUUCUUCCGUGUCUCCUUUAUAUAAGGAAAGGGUGGAUUGAUGGAUUUUACGCAUGCGUAAUUCGAGGACGCUCUACUUCAAAGACUUUCCAAGUGACCAACUGGAGCCAUGGCAGGUUUUACGCAUAUAUGAGUGUGUAUUUCUCAUUACUCAUUUGAGAAGGUAAUGUGUGAUAUUCCCGCAGCCAGUGGAGCCUUUUAAUCCCUCUCUAAUUAUUGCGCACAGAUGGAUAGCGUCGUGCCGGCCAGCAGACUGAUAUCCGGCCGUGGUGAGACCAGUUUAACCGCUAUGCCUACGUUUUGAUGGCUGAAAAACCAUUCAAAGACCUAACAGCAUCAAUUUAGGAGCCACAGCGUCCCUUCAGUGGUGCCAAUAUGAGGGGGGUCGUGCUCAAAGAGGCCGCCAAAAGGUUUCCCUGGUUGGCCAAUGUCACUCUGUAUGGGUGCCUGUUCGCCGGCGGUGACCUGGUCCAUCAGCUCGUAGCUCAAGAGGAUAACAUUGACUGGAAACACACGCGCAACGUGGCUAUUGUAGCAAUUAGUUUCCAUGGGAACUUUAAUUACUUCUGGCUGCGAGCCCUGGAGAGACGGUUCCCCGGGAAGUCCGCCGGAAUGGUUUUACGCAAACUCCUGCUGGACCAGAGCUUCGCGUCGCCUUUGGCCACCAGUGCCUUCUACACAGGGGUGAGCAUCUUGGAGGGUAAGGAGGACAUCUUUGAAGACUGGAGAGACAAGUUCUUCAACACCUGGAAGACUGGACUCAUGUACUGGCCAUUCAUGCAGCUCCUGAACUUCGUCCUGAUGCCGCUGUACUUGCGGACGGCCUUCAUGGGCUGCUGCGCCUUCCUCUGGGCCAGCUUCCUGUGCUUCUCCCGUCAGAGCGGCGACGGCACUGCCAGCGUGGCUCUGGCCUUCAUCAUGGACCCUCACGAGACCCUGCAGGAGAUGCGCCAGGCCCGGGUGGCCAAGAAAAAGCAGAGUAUCCAGGAUGAAGACUAAAGGGAGAAGAAGGAGGACAGGGAUGCUUCUUACCCUUUUUACCUACCUAUCUGAAAAGUGCAGGAUACUGGUUGGAAAAAACAUUAUCUGUCACAAACGCACACAACAACUGACUGUUAUGGACUUAAAAUCUGCAGAUAGAUUGAUCUUUUUUGUCUGAAUGUGGAAAUGUUGUCCUUACAGGAUUUAGUGCAGUUUUUCUUGAUGGAGGACUGUGGCUGUUAUAUAUAAGAACUCAGCUAGCUCCUAAAAUCAGAUUUAAGGGCUUCAUUUGACUGCUUUAUCCUAGCUGUGCCUUCUCUCUCUCAGUGACACAACCUCACGUGUGCAAGUUAACAGUGUGCGGCUGACUUGUGACAGUCAUUAUUUAAAAUCAAUACAAGGCAAUAUAAACAUUUUUUUUUUAUUUAUUUGAUAUUUUUUUGUGUAUUUUUAAAAUGGCGUUUACUUUGGGAUGCACUGAUGUAUAAGAAGGCAGUGAGUGAGUGAAAAGGUAUUGGUUUGUGAUGGGUCUUCCAGCUGUUUAUCUCAAUGAAACUGUCCUCAUAAUCAAAUAGUGGAAGGAAAUGGAAACAAGGAUCAUUUGCAUUUUCUUUGGCUGAUUUUAUUUUUGAUAUUCGUUUAAAGUUUCCAACAAUUUUUAAAGAAAACCUGGCUAUCGGUGUCCAUCCAAAUGUGCAGUAAAUCAGUCUCAAUAGAUGCAGAUACAAUCCUGAUAAAGGCUGAAUAUCUUUGCUAAAAAUAAGUGAGGACAUGGUGCAUUUUCUUGGGACUAUUUUCAGUGGCGGAUGAAUCAACAUUUGGUGAUAUAGAUUUGUGGCAGGAGGAUGUGGUGUGUCGGGAUAAAUCAAGACUAACCACAGCAAGGAUUAUUGAUCUGUUCUUAAUUGAAUUUUAAUACAAUUUGAACUCUUUUUGACGCAGAAGAAAAUUAUAUGAGACUUUCGUACGUAGAUUAAAGGUGUAAUGGGUCUUUUUGAGGAAUUUGUCGAUAUGACAUGAAUUCAUUAAGGCCUCGGGUUAUGCAUCAGUGCAUCCCACUUGUGUUGUGUCUCCUAGUUUAACUAUUUUAAUCCUGUCCUCUUACUUGAAACAACGCAGAUACCUUAUCAACGCGUCACUUACCCAAACCACUCCCAUAUAACUCAAUCUUGUGUAGAUUGAAUCUGUCUUUUAGCAAAGCUGAAAAGCUGUGACUUUUAUCCAAAAGCAAAGUAAAAUUAAUAUAAAAUAUCUAUCGGAAAUCAUUGUUCUAAUACCAGAGUGUGUUAAUAACAUUUGAUGGAACAUUUGUACCUUUCAAAUACACUUAUAACAUGACUAAACUGACUUUGAACGGUUUGGAGCCCUUAUAUACAUCAGCUUUAAAUGUAUAACAACAAAGACGUUUGGUUUUUCAAUGUGUGAAAAAACAAUAAAACUGUUCAUUGUGUU